GCUAAGGAGGAGCGAUUCCCCACUUGGUAUAGCUGAUGGUACCAUGCAAAAAUCAGACCCACGAAAAGAUGGAGAAUUUAAUAAGCCCAGAAACUGACUUGUCAGAGUUCAGAACAAGGGACUGGUGGACCCAAGGAUAAAUUCCAAAAUUCUUAACUCUGUGGCCAGAUUUUAGUACAUUGACUAUGCAGCCUAGUGUAUUAGACUGGAAUGAUGUUAGAAAACACAAGUACAGUGACCUCUCAGAGUCUGCAUCCCCAUAUCAAGAAACUACUGACAUCUUGGAGCUAGGUCAUUUUACCUGGGACAAAUACCUAAAAGAAACAUGUUCAGUCCCAGCUCCUGUGCAUUGCUUCAAACAGUCCUACACACCUCCAAGCAACGAGUUCAAGAUCAGCAUGAAAUUAGAAGCCCAGGACCCCAGGAACACCACAUCCACCUGUAUUGCCACAGUAGUUGGACUAACAGGUGCUCGCCUUCGCCUUCGCCUUGAUGGCAGUGACAAUAAGAAUGACUUCUGGCGACUGGUUGACUCAGCUGAAAUCCAGCCUAUUGGGAACUGUGAAAAGAACGGGGGUAUGCUGCAGCCUCCUCUGGGGUUUCGGCUGAAUGCCUCUUCUUGGCCCAUGUUCCUUUUGAAGACGCUAAAUGGAGCAGAGAUGGCUCCCAUCAGAAUUUUUCACAAGGAACCACCAUCGCCUUCCCACAACUUCUUCAAAAUGGGAAUGAAGCUAGAAGCUGUGGACAGGAAGAACCCUCAUUUCAUUUGCCCAGCCACUAUUGGGGAGGUGCGGGGCUCAGAGGUGCUUGUCACUUUUGAUGGGUGGCGAGGGGCCUUUGACUACUGGUGCCGCUUCGACUCCCGGGACAUCUUCCCUGUGGGCUGGUGUUCCUUGACUGGAGACAACCUACAGCCGCCUGGCACUAAAGUUGUGAUUCCAAAGAACCCCUACCCUGCCUCUGAUAUGAGCACUGAGAAGCCCAGCAUCCACAACAGCACCACAACUGUCUUGGAGCAUCAACCAGGGCAAAAGAAACGUAAACAAGGAAAGAAGCGGGGCCGAUCGUCCAAGUCCCUAAUCCCCCAUCCCAUCUCUACCCCUUCCAAGUCAGCUGAAACUUUGAAAUUCCCAAAGAAGAGGGGUCCCAAACCUGGCAGUAAGAGGAAACCUCGGAGUUUGCUGAACCCACCACCCACCUCACCAACAACCAGCACCCCUGAACCGGAUACCAGCACUGUACCCCAAGAUGCUGCCACCAUCCCCAGCUCAGCCAUGCAGGCCCCCACAGUUUGCAUUUACUUGAACAAGAAUGGCAGCACCGGCCCGCACUUAGAUAAGAAGAAGGUCCAGAAGCUCCCUGACCACUUUGGGCCUGCGCGUGCCUCUGUGGUGUUGCAGCAGGCUGUCCAGGCUUGCAUCGACUGUGCUUAUCAUCAGAAAACCGUCUUCAGGUUCCUCAAACGGGGCCACGGUGGUGAGGUAAUCUCAGCCGUAUUUGACCGGGAACAACACACUCUCCACCUCCCAGCAGUCAACAGCAUCACCUAUGUCCUCCGCUUUCUGGAGAAACUCUGCCGCAGCCUUCGAAGUGAAAAUCUGUUUGGCAAUCAGCCCUUUAGCCAGACUCACGUGUCACUCUCCACCACAGAGUACAGCCACAGCCACGACAGGUACCUACCAGGUGAUACCUUUGUCCUGGGGAAAAAUCUAGCCCGAUCAUUGGUGCCACAUUCAGACUCAAUGGACUCCACUUUGCAUCCCACCAACCUUGUCAGCUCCUCCCAGAAUCUUCGAACCACUGGAUACAGGCCUUUGCUUCCACCCUGUGGCCACCCACUGAGCUCUGCUUCAGCAGUACGAAGGCUGUGCUCCAGGGGGUCAGACCGAUACCUGGAAAGCCGUGACACUUCUCGACUGAGUGGCCGGGAUCCUUCCUCCUGGACAGUCGAGGACGUGAUGCAGUUUGUGCGGGAAGCAGACCCUCAGCUUGGACCCCAUGCCGACCUCUUUCGCAAACAUGAGAUCGAUGGCAAAGCCCUGCUGCUGCUGCGCAGUGACAUGAUGAUGAAGUACAUGGGGCUGAAGUUGGGCCCCGCGCUCAAGCUCUGCUACCACAUUGAUCGGCUGAAGCAGGGCAAGUUCUGAGCAACCAGCAUCUCUUGCGCAGCACUGGCCAAGCAAGAUGGGCCUCCUGACGCCAGAGCCCAGGCCACCGUGCCAGCACCGCCCAGGCCUCCUGGAGCCUGUGGACCCAGCAUCGCAGCAGCUGGCCUGUGUGCCCUUCCAUGAAGGACCCAGGAGCAGUGGAGCCCAGAGUUGGCGCCACCCAUCCCCAUAGUCCUGCCUUGGCACUGAGCUCCCCUGUAUUCAAUCCUCACGUCCGGCUGGCUGCUAUCCACGAAUCUAGAUAAUGGAGGAAGGUCUGGCAACAAGGCCUCCAAGAACAGAGCCCCAAGUUGACCCCCUCACUGACGGGGCUGCUGUGACCCUCCCCAGACUUCUGCCUCCCCGUAGGCUCCCCAUACUUCUGAAUUAACAGUGCAAAACAUCGACCUUUUUUUAAAAAACAAAACAAAACAAAAAAACAACCUUUUCUUAUUGCUAAUUUAUUGUUUCUGGCACUGAGGCGGUCCCAGCUUCUGCUUCUCUUGUUCUGGACACUGGCUUUCAUGAACAGCUGCCCUGCAGAGACACGGUCAUUUAUGGGCCACUCCCUCAGUGGCCCUGACCACCAUUGGGAGGACAGGAUGCAGGCACCCUGCCCAUGCCUUCCUUCCUGAAGAGGGCGCUAUGCUGCUCCAGGAAUGGACAAUUUCCCAGGGGCCAUAGCCCCUGCCGUGGCCAGAGGAAGGCUGGGCCUACAGUGUGGAGACCAGGCAUCCCCAAGGUGGCUGAGGAAGGGUCUCUGGGUUGAUGUCCGGUGGGCCCCAUCCACUGUCCAUACGCUUCCUUUGUAAGCACAUCAGCCUCACGGCCGCCCCUGCUGCUGUCUAUUUUAUGUCAAUCUGUUUAUAAAUAAAAGACAGUCUAGAU